GGAUACUUUUCUAAGCGUAAAACGAAAUCAUUGUAUCUUUCCGAUAAGAUUAAAUGUAUGUGGACAAUUUAAAAAUCCGUCGAACCAAUAGUUGACGAACGCGAAUGAGACUGCGACCGGGUAGCUCGAGAGAAACAGGAAACUGAGACAAUGGCGGAGAACGAGACGAGAUCAGAGCUACCUGGGCUCGAGCUGAAGCAACUCACGUUCGGAUGGACCGACUACGUCCUUUUCAGCAGUCUCCUAGGUAUCAGUGUCGCCAUAGGGAUCUAUUUCGGCUGUUUCGGCAAGAAACAGGACAACACCACCGAAUACUUACUCGGCGGUAAAACCAUGUCCUGUUUCCCCGUCAGCAUGAGUCUCAUCGCCAGUCACAUAUCCGCAAUUUCUCUGCUGGCCGUGCCAGUCGAAGUCUAUCAAUACGGCACGCAGUACGCAGCCUGCGUCUUCACGUCCAUCAUAUCGUGCAGCCUGAUCUCCCUCAUCUACUUGCCAGUAUUCUACCAGCUACAACUGAAGAGCACCUUCGAGUACCUGGAGCUGAGGUUCACGAGAUCAGUUCGAGUCCUGGCCUCGUUCCUCUACACCCUGUCCUUGCUCCUCUACGUUCCCCUCAUCAUCUACGUGCCAGCUCUAGCGUUCUCACAGGCAACGUCCAUCAACCUGCACCUGAUCACCCCGGUGAUCUGCAUCGUGUGCAUAUUCUACACGACCAUAGGUGGCCUGAAGGCGGUGGUCUGGGCGGACACCAUCCAGAUGACCAUAACCCUGGGCAGCCUCUUUGCAGUGUUCACUUUGGGCAUCCUGGCUGUGGGUGGAGUGCAGGAGAUCUGGAGGGUAGCCGAGGAGGGCCACAGAAUCGUCUUCUGGAACAUGGAUCCCAGCCCAUACGUGAGGAACUCCUUCUGGGCGAUGUCUAUGGGGAUGUCUAUGACCUGGCUGUCCAGCCUGGGGAUCAAUCAGAUGUCCAUGCAGAGAUUUCUGGCCGUUCCAAACAUCAGAGAAGCUCACAAGGCGAUAGGGUUCAUGGGGCUGUGUUUGAUACUUAUAAAGUGGGUGUCUGUCUUCACUGGGCUGAUUAUGUACGCCAGGUACCACAAGUGCGAUCCCAUAAAAUCUCACGUGAUCGCGAGGAGCGACCAAUUACUACCGUAUUAUGUGUUGGACGUUGCUGAGGAUGUUCCGGGACUUUCGGGUCUCUUUCUCGCUGGUCUCGUCAGCGCUGGCCUCUCCACAAUGAGCGCUAAUUUGAACACAGUCGCUGGCACAAUUUACGAGGAUUUCAUCGAUCCCUGGCUGCCCAACAGCAACGAUAAAGAGGCCAGAGCCGCGAAUAUCAUGAAAGGUACAGUGGUGGUGGCUGGCACAAUAUGCAUGGCGAUGGUGUUCAUCGUGGACCGUCUGAGCGACAUCUUCCAGCUCUCCAUGACCCUGCACGGGGUCACGGGCGGCGCCAUGCUGGGAAUUUUCACCCUAGGAAUGCUGAUACCCUGGGCCACCACGAAAGGCGCCAUAACCGGAGGAUUGCUCUCCAUGAUCUUCAUGGUUUGGGUGAUAUUGGGGGCGCAAGUGAACAUGGCGCAGAAACGAUUGGUCUACCCGCCUCUGCCCACCUCCACAGAGAAUUGCACCAACGUGGAGAGCCUGUUCAACGCGACGAUCGUCCAGAUCCCUACUUUACAGAGCCCAGAAGACAAACCAUUCAUCCUCUACACCAUAUCCUUCAUGUACUACACUUUAGUGGGAUUCCUCAUAGUGAUGGUGGUGGGCACUCUGGUCAGCUUGAUGUUCGGAGUGAAGGACCUAAAGGACGUCGACAGGAAUCACUUCCCACCCAUAGUGCAAAGAUUCCUGCCACCCAAAGAGUACAACGAGGUGCCCAUGUACGCGAUCCCCACGGAGAAAGAGAAGAUCAAUUCGUGAAUUUUUAUAUGCCUCGAGCACCAUAGGACGAUUAAAGAUCGAGUUGUUAAACGUUUACCAGUCAGAGUUCACUAGAUCAUCUCUCC